AUGGGAGCUAAAGGAACUGUUCUUGUGACCGGAGCCAACGGCUACAUUGCCGCGCGGACGGUUGAGGCGUUACUAAAGGCCGGGUACUCCGUCAGGGGCACCGUGAGAUCGCUCUCGUCUGCCACCGAGGUAAAGCAAGCCCUUGCUGAGUACGGGGCCAAACUCGAGUUUGUCGAAGUGCCGGAUAUUACCCUCCCCAGUGCUUUUGACAAGGCGGUUAAAGGAGUCAACGCCAUUGCGCAUCUCGCAUCACCCGUGUCCUUUGACUUUACGGACCCCGAGCCCGUUCUCCACAGCGCCAUCAACGGCACGGUCCGCGUCCUCGAAUCCGCAAAGAAGGAACCAAACAUCAAGAAUUUUGUUCUGAUGUCCUCCGUCACGGCCAUCUUCGAGCCGAAAUCGGAGGACUACACUUUCACCGAAGCCGAUUGGAACACGGCCGCCGAAAAUGUUGUGGCCGAGCUUGGUAAAGCCACGCCUGGCCGGGUCAUCUACACCGCGAGCAAGGUAGCAGCCGAGAGAGCCAUGUGGAACUUUCGGGAUGAGCACAAGCCGAGCUUCACUCUCACGGCGAUAAACCCCUGUUUCGUCACCGGUCCACCCCUGGUGGUUCCCGCAUCGGCCGAUAAGAUCAGCAUGUCGAACCGCCUUAUCCCCGACGUAUUCACUGGAAACGCCCUGGCACAGGCAGGCUUCCCCGGCUCCGACAGCUACGUCGACAUCCGCGACGUGGCUCGUCUUGUCGUAUUUGCUGUCGAGCAUGGCGACAAGACCAACAACGAGCGGUUUCUGGCUGCGGCAUAUUACUCGCCGGCGCAGGCUGUGGCCGAUAUUCUCCGGAAGGAGUUCCCUGAAAGAGCCGGAACCAUCGAGCAAGGGACCCCUGGUGAGGGCUAUGCCCCCGAUUACCGGUUCCCUAAGCAGGUGGUGUUUGAUGGCACCAAAGCAGUUAGGGUCACUGGCCAGGACUACAUUCCGUGGCGCCAGACCGUGUUGGAUACGAUCGAGAAGUUGCGGCCUGUUCUAGUGUAAUUGUAAGAAGGGGUAGUAAGAUACU